UAAUUAGAGGUAUUCCGUCUGUCAUCUCCUUCUUUGUUACGCGUCCACAUUUCAACACUCUCAUCACUCCUCCCUCUGUAAAAGCCCUCCAAUCUUUUUAUCCUCUCUCUCUCUCUCUCUCUCAAAUUGUCAUUAUAGAUUGAGACCAAACCAGCCAGGUUACAGAACAGACUUGGCUUGCUUCUCAAUCCAGAAACCCACACUCUUUCUCUUCUUUGCUCCUUUUCCUUUUACUUAUAUUAUUAUAUUAUUAUACCAUCAAAGGCUACUCUUUUCCAGUCGAGCUGGGAUUUGGGUUUCGUGUGAUGGGAGGUGAAGGGAUCCAAAUUGGAUCUUUUCAAGGAAUUUGGUGGUACUGAGACUGAGUUUCAUUAAGUGAAGAAGAGACCGAGUUUUCCUGAGUUGGGUUGUUCUUGUUUCUGCUAUAGUGAGUUAUGGACACUGGAGGUCGACUCAUUGCUGGUUCUCACAACAGAAAUGAGUUUGUUUUGAUAAAUGCAGAUGAAAAUGGAAGAAUCAAGUCUGUGCAAGAAUUGAGUGGGCAAACAUGUCAGAUCUGUGGGGAUGAGAUUGAGAUUACAGUGGAUGGGGAACCCUUUGUUGCCUGCAAUGAAUGUGCUUUCCCUGUCUGCAGACCCUGUUAUGAGUAUGAGAGAAGGGAGGGAAACCAAGCUUGCCCUCAGUGCAAAACCAGAUACAAGCGCAUCAAAGGCAGUCCUAGGGUUGAAGGUGAUGAGGAAGAAGAUGACAUAGAUGAUCUGGACAAUGAGUUUGACUAUGAUGCUUUGGAUCCUCAUCAAGUUGCUGAGGCAAUGCUCACUGCUCGCCUUAACACUGGUCGUGGUUCUCAUCCUAAUACCUCUGGAAUUCCCACACAUUCAGAACUAGAUUCGUCUCCUCCUAGCUCUCAAAUUCCUCUUUUGACUUAUGGUGAAGAGGGUUCUGAGAUUUCUGCUGAUCAUCAUGCACUCAUUGUACCACCAUUUAUGGGCCAUGGAAAUAGAGUUCAUCCAAUGCCUUAUACUGAUCCAUCCGUGCCUUUGCAACCUAGACCAAUGGUUCCUGAGAAAGAUAUAGCAGUAUAUGGUUAUGGAAGUGUGGCAUGGAAGGAUCGGAUGGAGGAGUGGAAGAAAAGGCAGAACGACAAACUUCAGGUAGUUAAGCAUGAAGGAGGGAAUGAUGGUGGAAACUUUGAUGGAGAGGGGCUGGAUGAUGCUGAUUUGCCAAUGAUGGAUGAAGGCAGGCAACCACUUUCAAGGAAGCUACCCAUUCCAUCAAGCAAGAUAAAUCCAUACAGACUGAUUAUCAUACUCCGUCUUGCAAUUCUUGGCCUAUUUUUUCACUAUAGACUUCUGCAUCCAGUCAGGGAUGCUUAUGGCUUGUGGUUGACAUCUGUAAUAUGUGAAAUAUGGUUUGCUGUUUCGUGGAUUCUGGAUCAAUUCCCAAAAUGGUACCCUAUAGAGCGUGAAACAUACCUAGAUCGGCUAUCUCUGAGGUAUGAGAAAGAAGGGAAACCAUCAGAAUUAGCUAGCAUAGACAUUUUUGUGAGUACAGUGGAUCCUAUGAAAGAACCUCCAUUGAUCACUGCAAACACUGUUCUGUCCAUCCUUGCUGUGGAUUAUCCAGUCGAUAAAGUUGCAUGCUAUGUAUCAGAUGAUGGUGCUGCCAUGCUCACAUUUGAAGCACUCUCUGAGACAUCUGAAUUUGCUAGGAAAUGGGUUCCUUUCUGUAAAAAAUUCAAUAUUGAACCCCGUGCUCCAGAGUGGUAUUUUUCUCAGAAGAUAGACUACCUAAAAAACAAAGUCCAUCCAGCUUUUGUCAGGGAAAGGCGAGCAAUGAAGAGAGAGUAUGAAGAAUUUAAAGUUAGGAUAAAUGGAUUGGUUGCUACUGCACAGAAGGUUCCUGAGGAAGGUUGGACAAUGCAGGAUGGGACUCCAUGGCCUGGAAACAAUGUCCGUGACCAUCCUGGCAUGAUUCAGGUCUUCCUGGGUCAUAGUGGUGUCUGCGAUGUGGAAGGAAAUGAAUUACCUCGCCUAGUUUAUGUUUCUCGUGAGAAGAGGCCAGGGUUUGAACACCAUAAAAAGGCUGGGGCCAUGAAUGCUUUGAUACGGGUCUCAGCUGUUCUCUCAAAUGCUCCUUAUCUUCUGAAUGUUGACUGUGAUCACUAUAUUAACAAUAGCAAAGCACUUAGAGAAGCCAUGUGUUUCAUGAUGGACCCAACAUCAGGGAAGAAAGUUUGUUAUGUGCAGUUUCCUCAAAGAUUUGAUGGAAUUGAUCGACAUGAUAGAUACUCAAAUCGAAAUGUUGUGUUCUUCGAUAUCAACAUGAAAGGAUUGGAUGGCAUACAAGGACCAAUAUAUGUUGGAACAGGGUGUGUUUUCAGAAGACAAGCACUUUAUGGUUAUGAUGCACCAGUUACCAAGAAGCCUCCUGGCAAGACCUGCAAUUGUUUGCCAAAAUGGUGCUACUGCCUAUGCUGUUGUUCUAGAAAGAACAAGAAAACAAAGCGAAAGGAGAAGACAAAGAAGUCUAAGCAAAGGGAAGCUUCAAAGCAGAUACAUGCUCUUGAAAACAUUGAAGAGGGAAUUUCAGAGGCAAACUCUCAGAAGUCAUCUGAGACAUCACAAAUGAAAUUGGAGAAGAAAUUUGGUCAGUCUCCUGUUUUUGUGGCAUCUACUCUUCUAGAGGAUGGUGGAGUUCCUCAAAAUGCAAGCCCUGCAUCAUUACUAAGAGAAGCGAUCCAAGUCAUAAGUUGCGGUUAUGAAGAUAAAACGGAAUGGGGAAAGGAAGUUGGCUGGAUAUAUGGCUCUGUGACUGAGGAUAUCCUGACAGGAUUCAAGAUGCACUGUCAUGGCUGGCGAUCUGUGUACUGCAUACCUAAACGACCUGCUUUUAAGGGUUCAGCUCCUAUUAACCUCUCAGAUCGUUUGCAUCAAGUUCUGCGUUGGGCUCUUGGAUCUGUUGAAAUUUUCUUGAGCAGACAUUGUCCCAUCUGGUAUGGAUAUGGGGGUGGAUUGAAAUGGUUGGAACGAUUUUCCUACAUUAACUCCGUCGUGUAUCCGUGGACCUCCAUUCCCUUGCUUGUCUACUGUACCCUUCCAGCUAUCUGUCUCCUUACUGGAAAGUUUAUUGUUCCCGAGAUUAGCAACUAUGCCAGUCUUAUAUUCAUAGCUCUCUUCAUAUCAAUUGCUGCAACUAGUAUCAUUGAGAUGCAGUGGGGUGGUGUUGGAAUUGAUGACUGGUGGAGAAAUGAACAGUUCUGGGUUAUUGGAGGUGUUUCAUCACAUCUUUUUGCCCUCUUUCAGGGUUUACUAAAGGUUCUGGCUGGUGUCAGCACAAGCUUCACUGUGACUUCUAAAGGAGCAGAUGAUGGUGAAUUUUCUGAGCUUUACCUCUUCAAAUGGACAUCCUUGCUCAUCCCUCCCACGACCUUAUUGAUCAUAAACAUAGUUGGUGUCGUGGUGGGGGUCUCAGAUGCCAUCAAUAACGGGUAUGAUUCAUGGGGUCCAUUGUUUGGGCGGCUAUUUUUCGCCCUUUGGGUUAUUAUCCACCUCUACCCCUUCCUUAAGGGUUUGCUCGGGAAACAAGAUCGGAUGCCAACCAUUAUUUUGGUGUGGUCUAUCCUGCUGGCCUCAAUCUUGACUCUUAUGUGGGUGCGAAUUAACCCAUUUGUCUCUAAAGAUGGUCCUGUGUUAGAAGUUUGUGGGUUGAAUUGUGAUGACUAGGAAGAGACGAAUAAAGAAGCAGCUUUGGCUCUUCAGUUACCAAUGUGCGAAGGGUGGUUGUGAAGUUGUUGCAGAAGGAAUUUGUGUUCUUCUGUGCUGAAUUGUUCAGCAGGUGUUAUGUUGCAUGGUGAAGUUUUUGUCAUGAGCGAGCAGAAAUUUUGUGGGAGGCAAAUUAUCGGUUGGGGUAGGUGGGUGGGUGUUGUAGAUAUAGAAGGGGGGGAGGGGGCUGACACAUUGUUCUUUGUUUUUACAGAGUUCCUUUUUAGUAAUUCUUUUAUUAUAUUUUAUGGGGUUUAGGAUCCCUGUUUUGUAAUCUGUUGUAUUUUUUGGGUCUGUAUUCCUAAAGUUACGAUAUUUAUUCCCCUUGCCAAGAUGGGGGAUCUCGUAUAGGUGUCCCAAAAUUUAUUCUCAUUCAUCUUCUUUUAUUUGUAAUGUUUCGCCUGGAGUUUGUCCGAUGCACGCUCAUAAAAUUCAAGUGAUGAAUGUUACUAUCAACUCUAUUUGUUUCCUCA